UAUUGGUUACGCCGAGCUCCUGUGCAGAGCAGCCUUUGGUCCACUGACUCUCCCAGUGUGGGCGGUCAUACCCUGCCCAGUGUGAUUGUGUUGCUAGGAUACGGUAUGCUGCUACUUUUGUGUUGCGUUGAGAGUGGGGGAAAUCCAAACAUUUGAGGAUACGGCAGGGAGUUUUGACGCUUCAUUUCAUUAUCUUAUAACCUCAAGAGGAAAGCACUCACAAUGGAGAUAGUUCAUGUGUACACCAAGAAGCGCAAUGAGUUUGGGCGACAGUGUAAUUUCUCUGAUCGGCCUGCUGAGUUGCAUGUGGACAUCCUCCCUGAUCCUUCUCUGGCAUCCAACUUCAUUGAGAGAGACCCUUGCGAUAUUCCCAUACAGUGCACACAAGAGAUGUCCGAGCAUGAGGUGAACACUGAGCGCUUUGAGUCAGACACCAGGGGGAUAAACCAUGUGGAGGGAGGCUGGCCCAAGGACGUCAACCCUCAGGAGAUGGAGCAGACCAUCCGCUUCAGGAAGAAAGUGGAGAAAGAUGAGCAUUAUUUCAGCACCAUCAUGCAGCUGGGCAGUAAUAUGGAGCAUUGCAUCAAACAAAACAAUGCCAUCAACAUCUACCAGGAGUACUUUGAAGAGGAGGAGGUGGUGGAGGAGUCCGAGGAGCAGCCCUCAGCCAAAACCAUCAAUGUUUUCAGAGACCCGAACGAGAUAAAGCGCACUGCCACCUGUCUGUCCUGGCAUCCCGAUGGCAGCUGUAAACUGGCUGUGGCCUACUCUUCACUAGGGUUCCAGAACAUCUCUCCAGACAUGAGCUAUGACUCAUAUAUAUGGGACAUUGAGAAUCCCAAUAAGCCAGAGAUGACCCUGAAACCGGUUUCUCUACUGGUCUGUCUGGAGUACAACCCCAAAGACUCUCACAUCCUGGUCGGAGGCAGCUACAAUGGCCAGAUCGCUUAUUGGGACACUCGCAAGGGGAGCCAGCCGGUGGAAAUGUCCACAAUAGAGCACAGCCACAGAGACCCUGUCUACAAAGUCAUCUGGUUGCAGUCAAAGACAGGAACCGAUACCUUCUCUGCAUCUACGGACGGCCAGGUGCUGUGGUGGGACAUCCGUAAGAUGAGUGAGCCCACAGAGAGGCUGGUACUGGACCCCAACAAAAAGGGCAACCUGGACAAUGCCUUGGGGGCAAUCUCACUGGAGUUUGAGACCACUAUGCCCACAAAGUUUAUGGUAGGGACAGAGCAAGGGCUGGUGGUCUCCUGUAACCGCAAGGCCAAGACUCCGGCAGAGAAGAUAGUGUGUACGUACAGCGGUCAUCACGGCCCAAUCUACGCCCUGCAAAGGAACCCUUUUUUCCCCAAGAACUUCCUGACCGUAGCCGAUUGGACAGCCCGCAUCUGGUCCGAAGACAUCAAGGAGUCGUCCAUCAUGUGGACAAAAUACCAUAUGGCCUAUCUGUCAGAUGGCUGCUGGAGUCCAGUACGACCCUCUGUGUUCUUCACCGUCAAAAUGGACGGGACGCUAGACGUUUGGGACUUCCUCUUCAAACAGAACGACCCCACCCUCAGUCUAAAAGUGUGUGAUGAGGCUCUGUACAGCCUGCGGGUGCAGGAUAAUGGGCGCUUCCUGGCCUGUGGCUCUCAGCUGGGCACUGCCACCCUGCUGGAAAUCUCCCCAGGGCUGUGUACCCUCCAGAGGAACGAGAAGGCCCUAGCCACUGCGAUGUUUGAGCGGGAGACCAAACGGGAGAAGAUCUUGGAGGCGCGCCACCGUGAGAUGCGUCUGAAGGAGCGCAGCCGCUCAGAGCAGAGCAAGGACGAGGACACCAAGGAGGGAGACGGAGAAGAGAGCGUUGAGGAGCUAGCAACUCGCACGGAGGCAGAGUUCUAUGAGAUAGUAGAAGCUGAGCUGAAGAAGAGAGCUAAGGAGCAAGAAAAAAAGGAGAAAGACGUGUGUGAAGAGAAAGAAGUCUGAGACAGAACACCUUAACAACACCAUGUUCCACAUGCUGUUUGAAAUGUAAUCUUGAAUCAAUCGAAUAAAAACAGCAAGGUAUUUUUUAUUAACAGAGAAAUAGAAUUUCUCAGUGAGUCAUGCAGAACUCAUUAACAGGAUUGAGGUCCUGUUUAAUUAUUGUUAUUUAUAAAUCAUUAUUAGGGUUUUCUUCAUUGAUUAAAGGAAAUGUAUUUUGCUGUG